AGCCGCGGCCGCCCACGCUCGCUCCCGCCUUCCGGCUCGGAGCCGGGUCCGCGCGGGAGCGCCAUGAGCGCGCGCCCGGGCCAGUGACCCACUCGGGGAUGGACUGCGGCUCGGUGGCGGGCGAGAGGCCGAAGCGCCCGCUGAGCCGCCGGCGGCUCCUGCUCUUCCUGCCCGCCGGCCGCGGCGGAAGCCCGGGCGGCCGCGGAGCCCCCACGCGCCGCUGCGUCUCCCCGCUGCCGGGCGGGCUGGGGGCCCUGCGGCUCCGCGCCCCGGGGGCCCGCGGGGGCGCGUCACGUGCGUCCCCGCUGCUCCUCCUCCUGCUCGUGCCCUCCCCGCGGCUGGCCGCCGCCGCCCCGCGCCGGCCUCUGGCCGACUGGGAGCGCUCGCGCCCCGGGCUCGCCGUCCCCGCGGCCGGGCGCGGCGGCGCGUGGAGGGGCGCACCGGGCCGCGCGGGCGUGGGCGUGGGCGUGGGCGGCGCCCUCCACCUGGGCCACGGCGCGGCGGCUGCGCUCGCUACCUGCAGGAGAGAGCUGAGCCUGUCUGCGGGGUGCCUGCAGCUGGAGCACAGGAGGGGAGAGUUCACCUGUUCUGGGAACAGGAAGCUGUACUUUGACACCCAUGCCUUGGUGUGCCUGCUGGAAGAAAACGGUUUUACUACGCAACAAGCAGAAAUCAUUGUCUCUGCAUUGGUCAAGAUCAUGGAGGCCAACAUGGACAUCGUCUACAAAGACAUGGUCACCAAGGUGCAGCAGGAAAUCACUCUUCAGCAAAUAAUGUCUAAGAUUGCUAAUGUGAAAAAGGAUAUGAUCAUCUUGGAGAAGAGUGAAUUUUCAGCCCUCAGAGCAGAAAAUGAGAAAAUAAAACUUGAACUUCAUCAAUUAAAACAACAAGUAAUGGAUGAAAUGAUCAAAGUCCGAACAGAUACAAAAUUAGACUUCAAUCUAGAAAAAAGCAGAGUAAAAGAAUUGUAUUCAUUGAACGAAAAGAAGCUGCUGGAAUUGAGGACAGAAAUAGUGGAAUUGCACGCCCAGCAAGAUCGGGCCCUGACGCAGACAGACAGGAAGAUAGAAACGGAGGUCGCUGGCCUCAAAACCAUGCUUGAGGCGCACAAGCUUGACACUAUCAAAUAUUUAGCAGGGUCUGUAUUUACGUGCCUGACAGUAGCUCUGGGAUUUUAUCGCCUGUGGGUAUAAUAAAGGUGUCUAUUUAAAGAUAUAUCCAUUGUUUAGCCUUAAGAAUACCAGACUAUUGUCCCUUUUUUUUUUCUUGUUUCAAAUUUUAAUCCUGAUUUGACUUAAUGCAUAUUGUUAAUUUUUAUACAAAUUAUGGGCACAUGGCCAAAGUAAAGAAGUCAGAGACUCCUCCAUGAAAGUCCUUCUCACCUUCUGCUUAGUUGACUUGAUAACCAAGGGGUGUGCAGCACACCUUGACAACUCCACUCGCUGACCCAGUGCACUUGGUCUAACCUUGGUGCAUACCGACAAUAAAUAUUUGUGUAACUCACUGCAACUUGAAAUCUUCUUGUCACAUAGUGCAUUUGGGGUCUCCAUUGAAAGGGGACUGUGGCUUUAAGUGCUGAAGAAUCAUUGACUCCAGCGCCCACUCCUCCCCCCAUCCUCCCCCCCACUGCUCCCCUCCCCAGGUUUGCCUCUGCUGAGCUGGUUCGUAAUACCCCUGUACUUCUGCUCCUAAAGGAGGGUUUUCUGCCGAUUUCCAUUGUCUUAGUAAGUUAUUGUUAUGGUAUUUUUAAUGUGCCUUCUGGCUAGAAAAUCCUGCUGCCUACUGAAGCGUUGUAACGGUAAUGGGGACUCUUGCUGCUCAGGAUGCUGGAUUCCCCCAAGUCCUGAACUGCCGUACUGCUCUGCCUGUGGCACUUCUACCUGGAGGACCUCAGCUGCUUCAGCCCAGUGGGGGUUCAGCCUGUCCCCUCCUCCUCUGCCUCUUCCUCUUCUACCCGGGAGCUCUCAGCUUUGCUCCUGUAGGGUGUCUAGACAUCUGGAUGGCCUGUCACUUUAAAUAAGGAAGCCCAUGCCUGUCGAGGAGUCCCACCUGUGACCAGCUCAGCUGUGGACUUCCAAGUGAGGACGCCCACUGGCACCUUCUAAUCCAUGUUGCUGAAGACGUCCUCAUACCCACCUUACCUCUGUAUCCUGGUACUCCUGGGGUUAUUUAGAGCAGCACCUUUCUUGUCUUACUGAAGCAACGGGCUUGUGGGCAAGAAUAAGCAUUUGGAAGCGAUGACAUGGACGUGGUUUUUUCUGUCUUUACAUGGACACACGCGCUUGCUGCACACCGUCUGGCACCGCGCAGGAACCACAUGAAGAUUUCUUGAUCAGACUGGUAGAAUAAAUUACCCAAUGUCACUCUUCCAACCACAUUGUUAAAAUUAAGUUACCUCUGUCCUUUGAAUGUAAUCUCUAAGCCUUAGGAAGUGUUAAGUCCUUAUCAUUUUAUAAACCAUUUGUAAACCAAAGAUUCUGAGCUUCAUACAAUAGGAAAAUGAAGUACUUUUCUAUUAGUGGUAGCAGUUUCAAAGUGCAUAAUUUAAUUCUUUUCAAGUAGAUCAAAAAUUGUCUUCAUAACUUAACAAAAUAUUUUAUCAAUGUAUUCUUCCCCUUUCUAAGAAGAGUCCCCGGGGAAGGCUGUGCAUUCAGCCACUGCCUGACACAAAGGCUCCGUGGGUGGCGCCCCCUUAAGACCACGCUUGUGACCGAUGUCAGCACAACCCAGGGUAGAACUGGAGAGAGUGCGUGAGCCCAGACUCACUCGCCAGGUCACAGUCCAAAGUCAAGACCCCAGGGGCAAGGGUGCCAUGUGCCCUGUGUUUCAGAGUCAACGCUGACCUCGUGGGGGUUAAAAACAAGCGCACUGCCCCUCCAUCCAGCCGGGGUGCUGGUCUCGGGUCUGCCAGCGGCACUCCCGCGUCAUUCCUCUUGGCCAUGGUGGCCACAUCCCAUCACUUAGUUUAGUCCUGUGGUUUUUCUGUGAGUUUUUGCAGCACAGAACAGCCCCUUCGGGCCUUGGGGACAACAAAUUGUCCUUUAGAAGAUGUGGAUGGCAUGCAUGUCUGCAGUUCAGGGCUUGGGACUGUGUUUCUGUUAUUUAGUCAAUGUUUUAUAUUUGAAAAGCAUUGAGGAAAAAAGCACAAGCGUCACCUUCCCGCUGCUGGCUCCAGCAUCUGCAGAGUGAGCCAGCUGUGGCUGGCAGUGACGACUUCCUGUGUGACCCAGUCAUGAGAAUUCAGACCACCCAGGAAAUUGGGCAUUGGAAAUAUGAAGUGGGAAGAUGGCUGGUUAACUCGCCCAUGUGCUCGCAGCCUCCGUGCAGCAUGUGGGGGAGUUAACCUUGGUGAGAUCCUCCUCAAUGCUACCCCGUGGCAGGGGUGCAAGGGACAUUGCCAGGUGCCCAAAGCAGAGCAUCAGAUGGACAGCGGAGCCUUGGUAUUGGCUGUCCAUGCACAAUUCACUCCUCGUUCUCAGAGGGCUCUCUGCCUUCAUCUGCUUUAAAGAGCUGAACUCCAGUUUGACUCCUGUCCCACUCCAUUAAUAAGCAAAACCAUGUGGGUCUUUACAGGAGACACUGAUUUUCAUUGCUGUGUUGGUUUUAUUAUUCUCUGCUGGGUUUCUAGCUCAGGAUCUAGCAAAACAAACAAGGUGUGCCAUGCCUUCAGUUGGAAAGUCACAAGUUCAAGAAAGGCUUGACUCAAACCAGAAGUCUUGCUGGGAUUUGCCUUUGAACACUUGAAGAAGAAGAGUCCUGGGCCCCAGCACACCUGUUCCUGGGUUGUCCCUGUGGGCUUUGCUCUGCCGUCCUGCCCAGCUGUGCUCAGCAUGGCCUUCUGCCCUCCUUGUCUGGCCCCCCUCCACCCUCUGCCUGGCAUUAGCCCUGUCACUGUGGCCAGCUUCCUGCUCUCUUGUUCUAAGACCUUUGCAUCCUGAACAAAUCUUCACCCCGUACUCUGGAACUCAUCUAGAAAACUGACUUGAGCAAACAUUUACCAAAUGUGUUGUGGCUUUUUUGGCACUGAAGCAAAAACAUGUUAACUGGAAAUGAUGUAUUCCUUAUAUAAAAUAUUCGAGACUGUUUAAUCUUGUAUUGGAAUUUUAUUUGGAAAAUAUUUAUCUUUCUGCAGAUUUAUACCUAACUUUCCUUUGAUUAUAACCCAAACAUCGUUAACCCUUUUAUUACUUAAGCAAAUGUUCAAUUACGUUUUAUUAUCUAAUAGAGUGUAUAAAAUAUUUUUAUUAUUUAAAAUAAAAUAUUUAAUUAUUUGUGGCUAAUAUUUUUGCGGGGGAAGGGAGACCGUUGCUAGGGGUUGAACCCAGAGCCUCGUGCAUGCUAGGCAAGCACUCUACCACUGAGUUACAUCUCAGCCCUCUGAUAUGUUUUUCUAAUGAUUCAAAUGAAAAACUAAAAUAACUUCUGUCUAGAACAACUGUAUUUUACUGUAUCAAUUGUGUAAUGAUGACACUAGUGAAUUAUAAGUAACUGAAAAUUUGGGUUUAUAUGAAAACCAGAUUUGAAAGUAAAUAUUUGAUUUGCAAAAUAAAUUUUUAUUCA